GAAGUGACGCAAUCUUGUACUCCUCUUGAACCAUGCUUGAAUGGAGGUGACCUUAGUUAUCGUCUAAUUGUAAAGUAAAGGGACUUCCUGUGGGCACCACCGUUACAUUGCGUCAGCCCGGUCUGGUUUAGAUGCUGAACUUACAUUUUUAAUACUAGUGAAGACUUUGCGGAGCGAGCAGGACGAACAGAGAUGGCAGAGCAACAUCAGGCACGCGUGCAUGCUGUGGUGGAAGACAUGGUUCAAAGUCUGGAGAAAGACCACAUCCGUGUGAUGCAGGGUCGCAUGUUCAGGUGCAGUGCAGACUGCUGUGAUCGCUCCACAGACUCCAUGUCAGUGGUGCAUAAUUGCAUCGAAAGGUGUCACACACCUCUGGCCAAAGCUCAGGGACUGGUCACUUCAGAGCUGGAGAAGUUUCAGGACCGUCUUACUCGAUGCACGAUGCACUGCAACGAUAAGGCGAAGGAUCUUUUCGACUCCGGGGCCAAGGAGACAGCUGUUCGAGCACUGAUGGACAGCUGUGUGGGCAGUUGUGUGGACGACCACGUGAACCUGAUCCCCAGCAUGACCCGAAGACUUAAAGAUAAUUUGGACUCUAUACAACAGUAAGGAGCGGGAUAGAUGACUGUAGUCCGUCCUGGAGACUCAGCCUGAGGUCAUUACACGUACAGAAGUGCAGUCUCAGUCAACUCAGCCAGAUGGACCCGUAACAACUGAAGAAUAGAGGGAGGGAUUUAAGUGAUGCAGAAGAGAUUUGUCAGGUUUUAGCGGCUGUGACUAUGAAUGUUGGUGUUGUGGAGAUUCAAACUGCGUGCUGUGAGAUUUGUUUUUGUUCUAUGUAUCAUCUGCAGCUGAGAAAGAAAUCCAGUAAUGCACCACAUCAUUGUGUGUGAACAAGAUGCCAACAUGCAUAAAGAGAAGUUUGCAUUUUUAAAACAUAGACACAACUCACUCAGUGCAUCUGAGGAUCACAGUUUGAAAUAUAAAGUAUACCACCCAGUGACCAUGAUGUGCAUCUAUUCCUGCAUAAAGUUUUGAAAGGAGUUUAUGUUGAAUUUCUGAAUUUCUGCCAGUAUGAGCCAUCUCAUCCCUCCUUCUUUAUUGUUCUAAUUUUAUUGUUGUUCAGUUGUUCUGCGAUGCUCUGACCUAUCAUGGUGAGAUAUAUUUAUAUAUCUGUAUUAAAAGUUCUGUAGAUGGACCUGUUUUGCACUGCAUUACUUCCAUAAUAACGAUAUGAGCUGCGCUGGCAGGUUUUAAAGGCACAAUACGUCAUUUUCUGUUUGUUUUUUUUCAUGAUAAAAAUCUGUUUCUCUGA